AAAAUGUUCAAACAUAACGAAAAGUCGGUGUUUAAUAUAGUUAGCCACUUAAGUUAUUAUAAACCGGAUAAGGCUAUUGAAAAAUUAACAGGUAGUACAAAAGAUUCUUUGAAUUAUGUACAGCGUUUAGGUUUACUGUAUAAAUUGCGGGUACAUGAUGGUUGUGUGAACUCGGUGAUUUGGAAUGACACGGGUGAAUAUCUACUAUCCGGAAGUGAUGAUCAAUUUUUAGUAAUAUCGGAUCCAUAUAAACAGCAGGUGAAACUAAAGUACAAAACAUUACACUCUGCGAAUAUAUUUUCGGCACGUUUCCUACCGCAAACAAAUAACGAAGGCAUCCUAUCAUGUUCCGGUGAUGGAAUAGUUUUACUUACGGAAUUAUUAUCACCAACAAUUAAAUUAGCAGGAUCGUCUACUACCAAUACUGCAGUAUACGAGGAUAUUAAUGACAUUAAUUCGUGUUCGUUCACUUGUCAUAAAGGUGGUACAGCUUAUGAUGUUCUUCCAAUACGUACGGAUCCUCGGUGUUUUUUUAGUUGUGGAGAAGAUGGUACUGUACGUAUGUUUGAUUUACGUUUAAUUUCAAGGUGUCAUAAAAGUUCUUGCAAAGAGAAUAUCUUCGUUUUUAAUCAAACUGCGGUAAAUUCAAUUGAUUUAUCACCGAUUAGUGAAAACUACUUAGCAGUUGGAAGUUCGGAUGGUGUUGUACGCCUUUACGAUCGACGAUUUCUUUCAAUAAUUGACUUUAAAGAAAAUACACCCAUUACAAGUGACUAUCAUACACGGUUCGUUAAGGCUUAUCCAAUACCAUUUAAGACAACACGUCAAUUUCGCAUAACCUCCGUUAAAUUUAGUCAAGACGAAAGUGAAUUACUUGCCAGUUACUCUUCCGAAUAUUUAUAUUUAUUUGAUUUGAAAAACAGUGGUGGAAAUAUACAUGAAAUCUAUACCAAAGGACAGAAAAAUUUCGAUGAACCCCAAUCGAAAAAUUCGCAACAUGUACAACGAAGACUGCGUUUACGUGGAGAUUGGUCUGAUACUGGACCGCGUUCGGCACCUGAAAAUGAAAAUACUGCACGUAUAGAGUAUGGUCAAUCCAGGCCGUUAGUACAAGGUUCUAUUAUGACACGUAUGACUGAAGUGAUAUCUCGUUUAAUGAAUGAUCGUUUACGC